AUGGCUACCGGUGACUCCCAGACCAGCAUACUGCCAGUUGGCACAAUAGUCAAAUCACCUCUAUCCAUGAAGUUACCAACAAUUGAUGUCGCAUCAUAUGUCUUCUCUUCGGGGACAAAGGAAUCUAGAGGUGCGCCCGUGUAUUUCAAUGCGGACAGUCCUUCGACAAACUUCAGCCUUCAAGAGGCUGAAGUCUAUGUCAAAAGGUUCGCCAAAGGAUUGCUUAGACAUGGACUCCGCAAAGGGGAUAGAGUUCUCCUGUAUUCCGGAAACAAGUUAUUAUUUCCAGUGGUUCUCUGGUCUGUUACUGCAGCAGGCUGUGUCUUCACCGGCAUAGCUCCAUCGGCGUCCGCAGGCGGUAGGAUUUCUCUAGCCCCUUGUCUUUCUAAUAAUAAGCUAACUUUAUUGCUAGAAUUGGCAUAUCAACUGAAAGAUAGCGGAGCUAGUAUUCUGCUAACUAGUCGCAGUGGAAUCCAGACGGCCUUAAAAGCAGCUGCGGAGGUGUCUCUACCUCUAUCACAGAUAUUUGCCUUUGGUGAUCCCAAUGAAGACCUUGAACAGUUGUUACCUGUGGCUCCAUGGACAAAGCUUUGGGUCACCCCAGAGGAGGCAGAGACAUGGCAAUGGCAUCAAAUCACAACUUUCGAAGAAGCAAGUGCAACGACUGCCGUUCUGAACUAUUCCAGUGGAACCACCGGACUGCCGAAAGGAGUUCAAAUAUCGCACUAUAAUCUUGUCGCAAACUCUGAACAGGUUCUGUUUAAACGCAGUCACUUCUCAGAUACUCCUGAGUCCAAGAGACGAAGGGAGAACUUAGCUCUCUCUGGUGAGAGAUGGCUUACUCCUCUUCCAAUGUAUCACGCAUACGGUCAGACCUAUUCUUGUCUCAGUGCGGCUCGGUUGGGAGCCAGGAUUUUCAUCAUGAUGGAGUUCUCUCUUGAGAAAUAUCUCCUCUUCCUGGACAUAUAUCGUAUCACCUUCAUGACCACUGUACCCACUAUUAUAACAAUGCUUGAUAAAUACGAACACCCACACAGAUUCAAUCUGAACGCAGUGGAGGUUGUCCUGACUGGUUCCGCGCCCCUUGAUGGGGAUCUUGCCUCCAGGAUCACACAGAAAUUUCUCAAGUCGGGAGUUGUCGUUAAACAAGGGUGGGGCAUGACAGAGUCAACUUGCUCGGUGGCUUCAUUUGCCCCCGAUGAUUACGACGAUGGGAGAAGUGUCGGAUGGCUGAAUCCGAACAGUGCUGCUCAGAUAGUUCCGGUCGAGAAAGAUAAGGAGGACCCUUCAUCAGACACACCAGCUACUAUUGGGGAGCUUUGGGUAUCAGGGCCUCAAAUGAUGCAAGGAUAUUGGCAGGACGACAAGGCCACGAGAGAUACUGUCGUGCAAAGCGAUGGUCAUCGAUGGAUCCGGACUGGCGAUCUUGCAUAUAUUGACAGUCGGGGAUACAUCUAUAUUGUCGAACGUCUUAAGGAACUUAUCAAAGUGAAAGGCCUUCAAGUAGCACCGGCUGAAUUGCAACUAGCACUCGAAAAUUCCCCCUUAAUACCAUCUUUAUUCACUCUUCUGACGGUUCGGUGUUUCAGCGAUGGACAGGAGUACCCCCGAGCAUUUGUGGUGCGAAGAACAGAGACUCUAAAGGAGGCAGAAGUAUUUGACAUCAUCAAGAAUCGAUUCGCGCGUCAUAAGUGGUUAACUGGAGGGGUUUAUUUUGUUGAUGCAAUUCCACGGACUCCAAGUGGGAAGGUUCAAAAGAGAUACUUGCCCACUGAUGUGACUGAGCGAUCUUCAAAGCUAUAG